AUGGGUGAACGCCCAAAGAGUGAUAUUUCAGUAUCAGCUCUUCACAUCAGCAUGCUACAAAACGUCGUGGGCAGUGGUGCAUCAGAUUCUUUACUCCAUAGCUACCAUAGGAGCUUCAAUGGUUUUGUUGCUAAAUUGACCAAAGAGGAGAAAGAGAAAAUGGCUGGCUUGGACGGUGUAGUGUCUGUGUUUCCUAGUCAGAAGAAAAAACUUCACACAACAAGAUCAUGGGACUUCAUGGGCUUCCCCCAGAAUGUUACAAGAGCAACUUCUGAAAGCGACAUCAUUGUGGCAAUGCUUGACACAGGGAUUUGGCCUGAGUCUGAAAGUUUUAAUGACCAGGGAUAUGGUCCGCCUCCUAGCAAAUGGAAGGGCACUUGCCAGGCAUCCUCCAAUUUCUCUUGCAACAAUAAGAUAAUUGGAGCUCGAUACUACCAUAGCGAAGGAAAAGUAUAUCCAGGAGACUUUGCCUCCCCAAGAGAUUCAGAAGGCCAUGGGACUCACACUGCUUCAACAGCAGCAGGAAGAUUGGUUAGAGAUGCAAGCCUACUAGGCCUUGCUACAGGAACAGCACGAGGAGGGGUUCCCUCAGCCCGUAUUGCUGUGUACAAGAUAUGUUGGUCUAAUGGCUGUUCAGAUGCCGACAUUCUUGCAGCUUUUGACGAUGCUAUUGCAGAUGGAGUUGAUAUAAUCUCCCUCUCAGUUGGAGGGUGGCCCAUGGACUAUUUUGAGGAUUCAAUUGCUAUUGGAGCUUUCCAUUCAAUGAAAAAUGGAAUACUCACAUCAAACUCUGCUGGUAACUCAGGUCCUGCUCCGGAAUCAAUUUCAAAUUGUUCGCCUUGGUCUCUGUCUGUGGCUGCUAGCACCAUAGAUCGAAAGUUUGUGACCCCGGUGAUCUUAGGCAAUGGAGCCAUUUAUGAGGGAAUCUCCAUAAAUACUUUUGAGCCUGGAAAUAUUGUGCCCCCUUUCAUUUACGGUGGAGAUGCUCCAAACAAGACAGCAGGAUACGACGGGUCAGAAUCCAGGUAUUGCCGCCUGGACUCGUUGAACAGCACUAUGGUGGAAGGGAAAGUCGUUCUCUGCGAUCAGAUCAGUGGAGGGGAGGAGGCAAGAGCCAGUCAUGCAGUUGGAUCGGUAAUGAAUGGUGAUGCUUAUUCUGAUGUGGCCUUUAGUUUUCCUUUACCAGUUUCGUAUUUGAACUCAAGUGAUAGAGCUGAUCUUUUGAAGUACUUAAACUCAACUAGUGAACCAACCGCAACUAUAAUGAAGAGCAUUGAAAUAAAGGAUGGAACUGCCCCAUUUGUGGUUUCGUUUUCUUCACGAGGGCCUAAUCCGAUAACAAGUGAUCUUCUCAAGCCCGACCUGACUGCCCCAGGAGUGGACAUUUUGGCAGCAUGGUCUGAAGCAACCACUGUAACAGGAAGCCCAGGGGAUACAAGAGUGGUUAAAUACAACAUAAUUUCCGGAACAUCUAUGUCUUGUCCACAUGCAUCCGGCGCAGCUGCUUAUGUCAAGGCAUUUAACCCAACAUGGUCUCCUGCUGCCAUUAAGUCUGCCCUAAUGACAACGGGUAAUGCUUCUUCCAUGAGUUCUAGCAUUAACAAUGAUGCGGAGUUCGCUUAUGGAUCAGGCCAUAUAAAUCCUGCAAAGGCUAUUGAUCCUGGUCUAGUAUAUGAUGCUGGAGAGAUUGAUUAUGUUAGAUUCUUGUGUGGACAAGGAUAUAAUGCUACACAACUUCUACUAAUUACCGGAGAUAAUAGCACAUGUUCUUCAGAAACAAAUGGAACUGUGUGGGAUCUAAACUACCCAUCUUUCGCUCUAUCUGCCAAAUCUGGGAAAACUAUUACUCGAAUCUUCCAUAGAACCGUCACAAAUGUUGGAUCAGCAUCAUCUACUUACAAGUCAAUCACGAACGCUCCAAGUGGACUUAAUAUCCAAAUUGAACCAGAUGUCCUUUCCUUCCAGUCUCUUGGGCAGCAACUUUCCUUUGUUGUCACGGUUGAAGCUACGUUGGGUAAAACUGUACUGUCUGGAUCUUUGGUUUGGGAUGAUGGGGUGCAUCAAGUAAGAAGCCCAGUUGUGGCUAAUCCUUCUCAUUAA